UUUUAUCCCAGCCAAGAUGUUUUAUGACCUCAAUGUCCCCUACAGCCCGGAUGAUCCCGAGAUCUCUCCUACAUUAAGCUUUCUUGCAGAACGUACGUCAUUGCCUUUAAUUCCGGCCACACGACCUGACUCCCGCGGGAGUGAUGUACAUGCGCUAUGGUGGCCACAUGAAGAACUAACCUGACCUGCUAUCCAGUCGGUUACACAACUGUGGCUCUCUCGCAGACUGUUACCGGAAAGCUCCCUACGAAUCCUACUCCCCCACCUGCUCCCAAGAACGUGCCUCAGGGCCUGACGCUGCUGAACCGCUUGAACCUGACCCUCUCCGACCCAGCGCAAAACCAACGUCUCGCUAGUCUUUCUCAAGUCUAUGAUCUCGUUGCACUGCGACCCACCAAUGAGAAGACUCUGUUGAAUGCCUGUACCAACCUGGAAUGCGAUGUGAUCUCCGUGGAUUUCUCGGUCCGACAACCCUACCACUUUAAGUUCAAAAUGCUCUCUGCCGCUAUCGCACGUGGAAUUCGGAUUGAGAUUUGCUAUGGUCCUGGCAUCACGGGAAGCGGUACCGAUGCUCGACGCAACCUUAUCAGCAACUCCAUGUCAUUGAUCCGGGCGACACGCGGGAGGGGCAUUAUCAUCUCCAGCGAGGCCAGGAGAGCUUUGGCUGUACGGGCACCAUGGGAUGUGAUCAAUCUGGCUUGCGUCUGGGGGUUGUCACAGGAGCGUGGGAAAGAGGCAAUUUGUGAGGAAGCCAGGAAAGUGACCGCUCUAGCCAAACUGAAGCGGACCAGCUGGCGCGGGAUUGUCGACGUUGUUGAUGGAGGGCAAAAGCCCAAACCAAAAUCUGACACCCCGGCAAACGGUCAGAAGAGUGCCUCCAAACAGAAAAAAGCCUCCGGGGCACAGGGUAAUGCGGACAGCCUGAAGAGGAAAGCAUCUGUGGGGUCCGAGACGGUUGAAGCAGAGAAGCCUCUUUCUAAGCGUGAAAUGAAACGCAGGGCCAAGAAAGUGCGACUAAAUGUGGUUGAUGGAGAUGGUAGCGACACGGGGGCUGCACCUGCCGAGGGUUAAUCGGAUAACGAUACAAAUUCUUCGGUAUAUCUGUCGACAGAGCUUCAGGCAAGGUUCCGCCUUUGGCCUGGGCAAACAUACAAGGGUGUCCGUAAGGCUGAAUCAGGGAGGUGCUACACUGCGUUACACGACUCUCACCUGCUCUGCGAUUCGGCUUGGAGGACCUCUCCCAGGAGUCCAGUUGCAGACAGGGCCUGACCCGUCAUCCGAGCGGAGACUUGACCGAGCAUUUUGGUCAGAAGCACCGUGGUGGUAGCGACAGCUAUAUUUUCAAUACAAAGUGUGUCGAAAAUGUCACCCGAAGGACAAUCUACAGCUGAGAUGUGGCGAAUGAUCGUUUCAACGAGCGACUAUGCCAUCUUUAUGCCUACGCAGGGAGCAGAUCCUUGGAGACUUGUCUAAGACAGACAUUCGAGAAAGGUUACCCUCACGGUCGAGGGUUACACCACAACAUGGAUGGACAGGCCAUCUGACAGCCA